CAGAUUCGCGCAAAACCGGUUACCGGUUCGGAUCGGAUAGUGUGAGGUUGCGUUUAGUACGAAUUUUCUUCCCGUGCGGAUCAGUUCAGUUCAGUGUUCAGCGUGAGCUCGGUACCAAUUGUUAUUAAAAGGGGGAAAAAUAGUACCUCUUAUAGUGGUUGGUGCUCUAGGCUGUGGCUUUUCGCGGAUCGUUCGUCCGUUUGUCGUCGGUUGGAUUGAGUUUUAUUUUUUGGUGUUUUAAGAACUUUUUGCGGUGCUUGCUGAUUGGUGUGUGUAAAUGUGAAAAAAAAGUUUUCCUACUAGUGAAGUGUAACAACAAAAACGUUCGCAAAAAGGAGUCGCAAAAAAGUGAGAGUGUUUUGAAUGUGUUCAAGUGAAUCGGUUUAAAAAAAUAAAAGUGUUCGCGGGAAAGUGUUUUCCCAACCAAAAAAAAAGUAAUACGGAAGCUGCUUUAAACUUUCUGGUGCUGCUGUUUCUGCUGUUUGGGCCUUACACUCAUUGACAACAUGUGUCAAGAUCGUCUCAUCAAGCUGUUGAUCUUCGGCUUCGUCGCCGGUCUGCUGCUGCAAGAAUCUUCCUGCCAGCCGGCCAACGGUAGCAUAUCGAAGGAGCGAAGGGUCGGGGGCGGGGCCGGAAGUCUGGAAAGUCAACCGGACGAGGAGGACUACGAGUACGACGAUGAGGAUGAACCGAGCCGGGAAAACGGGGAGAACGAGAUCGGCCACCCUGGCGGAGGAGGUGGAUCGGCUACGCAGCUGCUCACCAAGAACCAAACCAUCGAGACGGAGCAGGGGGAAAUGGUGACGCUGCCCUGCCAGGUGCACAAACCGGCCGAAAACACAAUCGUCAUGUGGUGGAAUGGGACCCAAAUGUUGUACACCAAGACCACCAACUUGACCAGCAACCGACGGCUGACACUCGGCAGGGACUCUUCGCUGACGAUCCGGGAUGUCCAGGUCGAGGACGAUUCCAUCUACAAGUGUACGGUGCUGCCGAUCCAGAAGUCCGCCUUCAUCACCCUGAAGGUGAAGAGCCCACCUUACAAUGUGCGCAUCACCCACGGAAACACUGACUACACCAACACUGAUUUGGAGAUUCAGCAGCGCGAUCGCAAGUUCAUCAUCCACUGCCGUGCCUCCGGCUAUCCGACACCUCUGAUCUCCUGGUCUUUCCGGGGUAAACCAUUGGACGACAGCUACGCCAAGCAUAGCGGCAUCACCAUCCGUAAGGAGUUUUUGGAAAUCCACGAUGUCAGGAGCCACCAUUCCGGCGACUACGAAUGUCUGGCCCAGAAUGGAGUCGGUGAACCGAUCAGCGUGCAGGUCCAAGUGCAGAUCAAGGCGCUAAAUGGAUCGAACGAAGAUGUUGAUAGCUCGACAGGUCCACCGGAAGAAGCGAGUCCCACGAUCGUCAAACACAUCGAGUACCUAAACACGGCAGCCGGAGAGAACGCCGAGAUAUCCUGUCUGUACCACAGCAAUCCGGAAGCCCGCAAGAUCCAAUGGUUCCGGGAUGACGAGCUGCUGCACAACAGCGCUAAGCACAACAUUGUGAACGAUCGCCACAACCAUCACAUGAGAACUCGGCUGACGGUGCGAAACGUCGAACAGAAGGAUAUGGUCAAGUACCAGUGCCGAAUUGAGAACGCUCUCGGCCAGGGAGAGGCAAGCACUGUGCUCGGAAUUCUACCCGGUGGAGUACAUUUGCUGCACGCGAACCAUUCCGAUGGUCUGCUGCACACCGUUUGGAGAGUACGCAGCGCUCAGCCGCUUUCCGACCUGCAAGUGCUGUACAAGGGUGAAAAUACCAAAUAUACUCCAAUUGAUGCUACCAUUUCGGAACAAAACAGAGAGGAUACCAGUGAUUUUUGGACCAUCAAGCGAUCCAUUGCUCUGCCUGUCGGUGAAUGGUUCAUAACAGCUCGCGCCAAAAAUACGGAAGGCUGGUCCAAAACUGACACCACCCCAAUACAGGUUCAAAUCCCGAGCGAAAUCACUUUGGAAUCCAACAGUCAAAGCGGUAGUGGCAGCGACAGGCCGUCGAUGAUGGCCGGUUCCGUGUUCAUGCUGCUGCUGGCAACACUGGCAUCUUUCCGUAGGCUAGUUUAAAUCUGGUGGUCCUUCCCGAGAACCAAUCUUAGAACGUACGUGCGUGCGUGCCUCGGACCCACACGUCGUCGUCGUCGGUUCCGAAAUUGCUUCUUGUUUUCCCAGUCCAGCUCCAAUUCUGCUGUGCAAGGUUUCUUAGCUCGUUUGAAACCUGUUUGUUUUAUUUUUCAAGUCCAGACCAAGGAGUUUAAAGUAAGGUGAUUCGAUGUGUCAAAUGAAACGUUUUACCACAUUGAAAACAUAUUAAAAUUUUCGCUUCGUUUCGUCCAUUCAUCGGUGUCCACUAUUGUCCACUUUUUGACAACUUUGGACCACCUUACUCGAUUCUCCUAGGUCCAGUCCAUGUCCUUCUAGUAGGGAAAUGUUUCCGAGCCGUGAGAAACAAAAAGAAUGAGAAGAAGCAGGAAGAAAGGAGUCAAGAGAGAGAAAGCGAAAGCGUCGUAAGGUACUACUGUAGUGUAAAAAGUCGUGCGUAUAUAUUAGUCUAAUCGAGUCACAACCAGAAAUGAUGCCUUGUAAUAUUUUACCAAAUUUCGCCUAUAAACCUAGUAUGGCUGCUUGGGAGCAAACGAAAGAGUUUAGGGCUAUAUCCAUUGUAGGAGGAUUUUAGUAUAGAAGCGUUUCCGUUGAACCAAUAUCAUCGGAGAAAGCCACCAAUAGGAUUUAUACCAAAACUGGUAAAAAAAUUGUAAUUUAUUUUAACUAACUUCAAUGAAUACAAAAAACGUAAAAAUUGAUCUACGAUACUGAUGCACCAAUGGUAAAAAUGGAUGUCACAUCUGAAGAAGUUUUUGAGUUGCGUUCCGUUUGGUUCACGAAACACCGCUCUUUGAAAACUUUCAGGAGUCUUUUUUGAACCAAAAGGCAAUCGGCAGAACUCAUUUUCGCCAUCUACCAACUUUUUCGCCUCUAAACUGACUUUUAUUGCAUUUUGAUGGUCAAUCCGUAAAAUUUUAAUGAAUUGUGAAUAAAAUUUGAUGAGAAUUGUAGAAAACGAUACAACUGAAAAAAUAGAGUUAAAAAGUGUUAUCCACUUUUUGAACAAAUAAAAAGUAUCAGAUUUGACAUUCAUUAGGCCGCAAUCUUCACGUUUAACCAAACCUCUAAAUUUGAGCGCCGAAAGAACCAAAUGAAAAUAGAAACGCUUAAAAGUAUAUUUUACGUUGUACAAUCAAUAAUAAUCCCUCUUUCCUACAUUCUACCAUCGCGUUUUGCAGUUAAAAACAGAGGAUACGAAAAUAACAAGAAAAUAAAUGUAUGCUUUAGAUUUCCACUGUUCCGUUUUUAGUUUUACAUUUUACCGCGAUAGUUAUGAGUUUAAUUUGUAAGUUUCAAUGCCAUAUUUGAUUAGUUAUUCUCUUGUAGUAUUCUUUCCGUGGUUUAAAAGCUGUGUCAAUAACUUACUUCCACCACAUUCUGCUGUUCCAAGAAACUAAAGCCUAGGAAGACUAUCAAAUGCGUCAUUUCUGUACAUUUUAAUACUUGUUGUUUAAGUUGUAUUUUUGUAGAAAUAGUUUUAAAAACGAUUUCCAAUUCUGUGUAUAUUGAUCAAGUUAUUUUGAACAUCCAAUCCCAUUUGGCGUAGGAAGAAAUGCAGAUACGUUUAUGCUAGAGAACUCGUACUAAUAGUUAGUUUGUAAGAAUUCAAAAACAAAUAGAAUUAACUAGUAAACUACUUACUUAAGAUCAACUAUUUAAAACUAUAAAAAAAUAACCAAUGUCAAAAAUAGAACAAAAAAACAACCCCCCUGCGGAUGAAAUAAUGUUUUCGAUUCAAGGUAGCGAGAGUAGUUAGCAGAUGAAAUGAAACAGAGAUGACAAGCCCAUAUUUCAAUCAACGGAUAUAUCGUGAUAUUAGCGGAGACAGAUCAAGAAAUCAGCACACCAUUUGACCCUUAAAUACCCACAACACGGAAAACUGAACAUAAAAUGUAAGCCUAUUCAAACGAUGGAAGGAAUAUAUUUACGAUAGAAUGCAUACAGAAAAAACCCUACAAGAAGUAAUCUCCUUAAGAAAAAUAUAACAAAAUAAUCUCUCUUAUUGCUGUCUUACUGUUGACUAGGGUAAUGGAAUCCAAAUUGCACCGCUUCUAGAAGCUAUUUGGAGUAAAAAUAUCCAUUAACAAACUAAAUAGAAUCGAAUCCAAAUAAAAAUAUGACGCAAUCAGAUAAUUGGGCGAAGAACUUUUAACGAGAGAUGUAGCGAAGGGAAAAAAAGAGUUAUUAUACGCGUACAUGGAAGAAUGUUUAUGGAAAAUAAAGUUCUAG